AUGGGUGGCUUCUUCUGCGAGACCUGCGACCGCGAAUUCAACUCCGAAAAUGCGGCGAACCAGCAUAUGGAUGCCAAAGAUCACUGGGCACCGACGUUUGGCUGCCAAACUUGCGAUCGAGAAUUCAACUCCGAAAACGCGGCAAACCAACACAUGGACGCCAAAGAUCACUGGUCCUUUGCCUGCGAAACCUGUGACCGCGAAUUUAACUCCCAAGACGCUGCGAACCAGCAUAUGAAUGCCAAAGAUCACUGGGCGGCGCCGACGUUUAGCUGCGAAACCUGUGACCGUGAAUUCGACUCGGAACACGCGGCGAACCAACACAUGGAUGCCAAAGAUCAUUGGGCGCCGACCUUUUCCUGCGAGACUUGUGAUCGUGAAUUCAACUCAGAGGAUGCCGCAAAUCAGCAUAUGGACGCCAAAGAUCACUGGGCACCAACCUUCUCCUGCGAGACUUGUGACCGAGAAUUCGAUUCGGAAAACGCGGCAAACCAACACAUGGAUGCCAAAGACCACUGGGCGCCCACCUUUCCUUGCGAAACCUGCGGCCAAAACUUUGAUUCCGAGGGCGCCGUAGUACAACAUAUGUACAAGGACGAUGAGAACAUAUUCGAUGUUUGGCCGUGGGAUUUACACUACGAGUACCUCCUCAAAGGCCGAUCAUUAUGUGAUGAAUUCCCGCAUCCAUUCUCAUAA